GCUCUUUGCAACCGGCAGUACUGCGACCACAAAACAAAUGCCAAGAGGCGGGGCCACAAACUUAAAGGAAGCAAGUUGAUUGGAUCAGAUCCAUCCUGAGCAUACCUAACACAGCCAUGGUAAACAAAUCUAUACUGCGCAUGCGUACAGUACAUAGUAAUGGUGGACGUUGCCUCUUCAUCGGAGUAAAAACCUGAACUAAUAGCUUAAGUAAUACAUCGAGGACACGAAGAAGCAAUCCACAAUAAUUUUGCCAGCAUCAAAUCCACAUCUCGGUCAAAAUGGCUUCGGACUCAGGAUCUCAGAAUCCUGGCUCCAGGAGCAUCAUGACGUUCUACCCCACCAAGGAAGAGUUCAAGAACUUCAGCCGCUACAUAGCCUUCGUGGAGUCACAAGGUGCCCACAGAGCAGGCCUGGCAAGGAUUGUGCCGCCUAAGGAGUGGAAGCCCAGACGCUCGUACGACGACAUAGACGACCUGGUGAUACCCGCCCCCAUCCAGCAGGUGGUGACCGGGCAGUCCGGCCUGUUCACCCAGUACAACAUCCAGAAGAAGGCCAUGACCGUGAGGGAGUUCCGUAAGACUGCCAACAGCGACAAGUUUUGCAGUCCACGGUAUAUCGAUUUCGAGGAGCUUGAGCGAAAGUACUGGAAGAAUCUAACCUUCAAUGCGCCCAUUUACGGAGCAGAUGUGAACGGCACACUCUAUGACCCUGACGUGUCGGAGUGGAACAUCGGUCAUCUGAACACCAUCCUGGACACCGUGGAGCGGGACAGCGGGAUCCUCAUCGAGGGGGUCAACACGCCCUACCUGUACUUCGGCAUGUGGAAGACCACCUUCGCCUGGCACACUGAGGACAUGGACCUCUACAGCAUCAACUACCUGCACUUCGGCGAGCCCAAGUCCUGGUACUGUGUUCCACCAGAGCAUGGAAAGAGAUUGGAACGCUUGGCCAAAGGCUUCUUCCCCGGAAGCUCUCAAAACUGUGAAGCAUUUCUCCGGCACAAAAUGACCUUGAUCUCCCCCUCCAUCUUGAAGAAGUAUGGCAUUCCAUUUGAAAAGAUCACUCAGGAAGCCGGUCAGUUCAUGGUGACGUUCCCCUACGGCUACCACGCUGGCUUCAACCACGGGUUCAACUGCGCCGAGUCCACCAACUUCGCCACGCAGCGCUGGAUUGAGUACGGAAAGCAGGCCACACUGUGCUCCUGCAGGAAGGACAUGGUGAAGAUCUCCAUGGACGUGUUCGUGCAGAAGUACCAGCCCGACCGCUACAACCUGUGGAAGGCGGGGAAGGACAACGCGCCCAUCGACCACUCCAAGCCCACGCCCGAGGCCGCCGAGUUCCUGGGGUGCGAGGGCGUGGUCCACAGCGGCGAGGACCGCUGCGAGGACGCCGACCGCUCCGAAGGAGAGAAGAAGAGCCUCUCCAAACAGAGAAUAGGGACUAAGAGACAUCGAGUGUGCCUGGAGCUCCCGGAGGAGGUGCUCUCCAAGGAGGAGGAGAUGGAGCGGGAGGAGGGGGAGGAGCAGGGGACGGGGGCGGGGAAGAAGGCCCGGCUGACGCUGCAGACCUUCGGACGAGGAGCUGCGGCGAGCGGGGAGGACACAGACGUGCCCGAGCUGAAGCUGGAGGACACGGUGAAGGAGCUCUCCAGCAUGGAGAUCUACCCUAAGGGCGGGGCUCCUCUGGGGGCCAAAUUCACCAUCAGCCUCAAGCACAGGGAAGGCCCCUCCCCCUCCCCCCAGUCCCAGGGCCAUCCUCAGUACAGCAGCACCAGCUCCCUGCCUCCCCCCAAACCGGGCGUGGCCAGCCUGCUGUUCCACAGGACCCUGAGCCCCACGGACGCCCUGCACGUCCACAGCUAUGCCAAGGAGCACUAUGUGGCCCCGGGCCCCCGGCUGGAGGAGAGGAGGCCAGGCCCCCCACCUGCAGCACCUGCCAACGGGAAGGGGGCAGAUGUGGAGCCGGUGUGCAAGAACAUGAAGAGCAAACGCCUGCCCCUCAGCAAGCUGCCUCGCCUCCACCCCCUGAUCAAGGACUGCUUCAGUGACGAAGAGCUGCCUGAGCCAGCCCCUGAGGAGGAAGAGGAGGACGACGAGGAGGAGGAGGGAGAGGAGGAGGAGCAGGAGGAGGUCCAGGAGACGGAGUCGUGGGCCAAGCCCCUGGCCCAGCUGUGGCAGAACAGACCUCACAACCUGAAGGCGGAGAAGGAGUACAACCAGCGGAUGGGCCUGCAGGCGCCCUACUGCGCGGUCUGCAUGCUCUUCCAGACCUACUGGCAGUCGGAGUACGGCGGCGGCAGCCACAGGCCCCCAGUCGCUCGGGGCGACGGCCUGAAGACCAUGCCCCUCAUCCCGGAGAUGUGCUUCACCACCACCAACAACUCGGAGGUGCACUUCUCCAGCCCCUACCUGGAGGAGGACGGCAGCAGCCAGCUCAUCAGCUGCUCCCAGUGCAGCGUGCGCGUGCACACCAGCUGCUACGGCGUGUCCCCGGAGGGCGUGUCCCAGGACUGGAAGUGCGCCCGCUGCGAAGCCAACGCCAUGACCGAGGACUGUUGUUUAUGCUCGCUGAGGGGAGGAGCCCUGCACAGAGCCAACAAUGAUAAGUGGGUGCACGUGCUGUGUGCGGUGGCCGUGCUGGAGGCGCGCUUCGUCAACCUGGCCGACCGCAGCCCGGUGGACCUGAGUGGCAUCCCCCUGCAGCGCUUCAAACUGAAAUGCUUCUACUGUAAGAAGCGGGUGCGGAAGGUGGCCGGCUGCUGCGUGCAGUGCUCCCACGGCAGAUGCCCCACCUCCUUCCACGCCACCUGCGCCCAGGCCGCCGGCGUCCUCAUGCAGCCCGAUGACUGGCCCUUCGUUGUCUACAUCACCUGCUGGAGGCACAGGGGCCCCCUCAACACUGCGCGGAACAAGGCGGCAAUGCGGGAGCUGGAGGUGGGACAGAAGGUGAUCUGCAAGCACAAAAACGGCCGUUACUACCGGUGUGACGUGGUGGAGCUGACCAAGGCCACCUUUUAUGAGGUCAUCUUCGACGACGGCUCCUUCAGCGACAACCUCUUCCCAGAGGACAUUGUGAACCGUGACUGUCUGCUGCUGGGUCCUCCCCCAGAGGGGGAAGUAGUGCAGGUGCGCUGGACAGAUGGCCUGAUCUAUGGAGCCAAGUUUGUCGCGGCUCAUAUCAUCCCAAUGUACCAGGUGGAGUUUGAGGACGCGUCGCAGCUAACGGCUAAGAGGGACGAUGUCUACACCCUGGACGAGGAGCUUCCAAAGCGAGUCAAGUCAAGACUGUCUGUGGCGUCAGACAUGCGCUUUGACGGGAUCUUCACCGAGAAAGAGGUGAAGCGGAACUCCAAAAGACAACGGGUAAUCAACUCGCGGUACCGAGAGGACUAUAUCGAGCCUGUCGUCUACAGAGCCAUCAUGGAGUGACCGCUCCCUCCCAAAAACACCCGCUCAACCAGGGACGCACCAGCACUGAAGUUCGGGACAGUUUACCCUAGUAACCUUAACUUAUUGACUGAGCCAAAGGGCACCGUAAGGCCAGGACCUGGCCCUGGUAGCGCAGCAGGCUAGCACCCUUGGCUCGCACUUAUUGCAUUAUGACAUGGCGUUUUUCUUGCCACGGCACGGUGAAGUCCCAUUUUGAAAUUGUUUUGUUUUUGUUUCUUUUUCUGUUUUUGAUGUCCUCGCUACUGAUGGAGGCCUUGAUAAGGCCGAGUGGGACAAGACCUGCCUGACUUGUAAGGGCAGUUUGUCACACGCAAAGGACUCAUUUCCUGAUUGGACAUUAAAGCAGGGUUUAUCCUUUGUUUCUUGGUAUAGAUUUACCUGCUUUUGGUUGGGUAUUUAUUUUUAGGGUGCUACAUCUGCAGUUGCUACGUGAAACUGAAGUGCCAUUUUAUUAAGAUUAGGCUUGUACAUCCAUUGACGUUUGGUUGAAUUCAUGAAUGAUACCCUUUUAGGACAUUUGUCAACAGCAAGUUUUUGUUGUUGACGCUUUUUUAAACCUAGUGAUCAGUAAAGGACUUUAUAGCGAAUGUUGUGUAUUGCUCAAUACACCAAUGCAUCAUGAAUGAAACAUCCAUAAAAUGUAUUACACUUUAUCACAAGCUGGAUUGAUUAACUGGAACUUCGCGUCUGGAGAGGAAUGUCGUUCUACCUAAGAUUUGAGAAGAUCGGUUUCAAUAAAGGCCAGACUAUCUCUGAGAGCCCCUGUCAUCUUCCUUCAGGUUAAGUUGUCUGUACAUUAAAGCUCUGAUUUGAAUUUCUAGAAUUAAAAUUCCUAAGUAAUUAAAAUUUAGGAAUUUAAGAACAAAGUGUUUUUUACAGUAGCUUGCUGCAGUUAGAAUCUCAUCACUCAAGAUGUAUUUAUAUUUGUUAUCAGAAUGGUUUUUUUGUUGGGUAUGUGUUUGAAAAUGUAUUUUUGCAUUAAUGAGCCCUCCCAGGUAUGGCUGUGAGUAUUUUUUGCCCUGUUGGGGAACUAAAAAUGCUAAACCCAGCAGGCUAGUUACCACCCUGUUGAUUUGCUCAUAACGUAAAACCUCAUGAUGCAGGGGACAUAUGACUGGCAGGGGCUGAUAACAUCUAAUCAACACAGUUUUAUUUACCGCCAAUGUGAAAAAACCGUGGUGAAUAUCGUGUUCUGUCUCUAAAUGCAUAUUUGUUUUUUUUUUUGUUUUUUUACUUCCUUUUUUUACUUGUUUUUCUUCCCCCAUGUUCUGUGUGGUAGACAAGCUGUGAUCAGUAGUCUUUCUGUAGAAUUGUGUGUCAGCCUAUUUAAGGGCUGCCAGCUGUCAUUUCAGGGAUGAAGACCUUUGCCCUCAGUCGUUUCCACUGAAAACGCUGCCGGUGGGUUUUUUUUUUUUUUUGUGUGACUUCUGUCGGCCCGUUUGCCAUGCCUGCCCUGGCACUGUUGCUUUCAGGUGGACACCCGGCGCUUGUCUGUUAUAAUGGCGGUCUGUUUCAGUAAAGGAUUGAGGCUGAAGCAUUACAUGUAGGUGAAGUGUCUUUAUUUUUUAUCCCCCGCUGACCAGUAGAUGGGUAACGAUGCUGAGUUAUAGGGUAAGUACACGUAUUCAUUUUGUUUUCUCAUAAUCCAUAUACAACAUAACGAGCGACACCAAAAGCCUCUUGUCUGCGAUUAAAACCCAUGACUUU